AUGUAUAACAUUAAUCUCCAUGACAACUAUAUCUAUUUAUUAUAUAAAAUAAAACAUAAAUUUUCUUUUAUUGAUAAUAAACAUUUAUUAAAUGCUUGUCUUAGUGAAUUUAUUGGUACAUUUAUAUUAAUUACAAUUGGAUUAAGUAGUAUGAUACAUAAUACAUUAAAAUAUAAUUUAUAUUAUAUUAAUAUAUCAAUUGGUUGGUCUAUUGCAUUAUUAUUAUCACAAAUUAUAACUCAUCCAUUAGGUUAUAAUAGUUUAAUGAAUCCAUCGAUUACAUUAUCAUUAGCAUUGAUUAAUAAAUUGUCAUUUCAUUAUGUAAUUCCAUUAACAAUUAUACAAUUAAUUAGUUCAUUAUUAUCAAGUUUAAUGAUAUAUUAUAUAUAUUAUUAUAAUUAUAUUAGUAGCCAUGACAACAUAAAAUUGAUUAUAUUAAAUCAAUUUAUAAUAACACCUAAUGGAUCACAUUUAAUAUGUUUUAUUGAUCGUUUAUUAUUAACUAUUAUGACAACAAUAUUUAUUUUAUUAAUAAGAGAUGAAAGAAAUGAUAAAAUACACAAAAAUUAUCGAUUAAUUUAUAUAAUUCUAUUUACAUCUGGACGAAUUACAUCCUUAUCAAUGAAUGCUGGUACAUCAAUUAAUCCAAUACGUGAUUUAGGUCCAAGAAUAACAAUUGCAUUAUGUGAAUUAGGUUUGGAUGCAUUCAAAAAAGAUCGUUAUUAUUUUUGGAUUCCAAUUGUAGCACCAUAUAUUGGUUCUAUUAUUGGUGCAAUAUUUUAUGAAUUAUUAAUUGGUGCUUAUUUAAAUAGAAAAACAGUUGAUAAAUUACAAAAUACUAUUGAAAUAUCACAAUCACGAAUCUUUUCAUCACCAUCAUCAUUAUCAUCAAGUAUGAAUUCAAAUGUAGCAACACUUACCUCGUCAAAUGACACCAUUAAACGUUUUUAUAAUAAAUGA